UUCAUUCAUAGACCAAGUGAUACAUGGAAUAUAUUCUAAAAACGUCAACACGAGACAUCAAACACAUUGUAAAAUGGAAAAAUCAAAAUCAAAUAAAGAUUUACUUUUAUGUGAAAAUCAAUUCUUUUUGGCUAAAAAUAAACCAGAAAAUUUAUUCAAUUUUAAUAAUAAAGAAAAUAAUGUUGAUAAAUGUAGUAAAAAUGAUAUGACAUCAUUCAAGACUGAAAAAUUAACUUCAAAUGUUCUACCUAGAAUAAAGGAUUUUCUAACUAUUUUAAAAUCUGCAAAUCCUGCCGAUGAAUGUUAUAAUAUCGAAAAAGACGAUGAUAAUGAAGAUGAUGAUAAUGAUUCGAAUGUAGAUGAUACAAAUUUGGAACCAAAGAAAAAAGUGCAAUUGGAUGUAUUAUUAUUCGAAAAUGAAAACAAUUUCAACGAUUCUAGUUCUGAUUCUGAUGACGAAGAUGAUUCUUGAU